UACGGGUGGACGGAUUCGCGCACCUGUUUUACAAGCUUCGUAGAGAUCUCGUAGCGCUACGAAAAGUUUAAGCCACUACGACGUGACAGUUUAACGUGAGAUCAUUUAUUAUUAGUAACUAAUAGUGAUGAUGUAUUUAUGUGGGAAUUAUUUUAAAUAAUUUAAUUUUGGAUGACGAAGUGAGCGCAGCUAAAUGAGCGGCUGGCGCUGCGCAGGAGUAUGCUGGUGCACCUCUUGGUUCUUAGCACCGCUCUAGCGGCGGCGACUAGUGGAAAACAUGGAGGUGUAGAAGUACCAGAGUUCGGGGAGCCAAUCACAAACCUGACAGUCCCUAUCGGCAGAGACGCGACGUUCAAGUGUAUUGUCGUCAAUUUGGGCAAUUAUCGAGUGGGCUGGGUGAAAGCCGAUACAAAAGCCAUACAGGCAAUACAUGAGCACGUCAUUACACACAAUCAUCGGGUGUCUGUCUCCCACGCUGACCAUUCCACGUGGUAUCUGCACAUUAAGAACGUACAAGAAGAAGACCGGGGUCAGUACAUGUGUCAGAUCAACACGGAUCCAAUGAAGAGUCAGAUGGGCUACUUAGAUGUGGUGAUACCUCCUGAUUUCAUACCAGAAGAGACGUCAGGAGACACAAUGGUCCCGGAAGGUGGAAUAGCUAGGGUGUCUUGCAGGGCACGGGGAAUACCACCACCAAGGGUUAUGUGGAAAAGAGAAGAUGGACAGGAUAUUGUUGUAAGGGACAGUACCGGCGCAAAAAUUAAAGUACAUACGUACCAGGGCGAGGUGUUGAAUUUGACCAAGAUAUCACGUUCCGAAAUGGGGACAUAUUUAUGUAUUGCCGGUAAUGGAGUACCGCCCACCGUUAGUAAGAGGAUCCACAUUAGUGUUCACUUUCACCCAGUGAUCCAAGUGCCGAACCAACUGGUAGGAGCGCCUCUCGGCACCGACGUCACCCUAGAGUGUUACGUCGAAUCCUCGCCCAAGUCCAUCAACUACUGGGUCAAAGAUCCAGGUGAAUUGAUUAUACCAUCUGAGCACCACGAGAUGACUGUCAGGCAGAAAUCCAUGUUCGAGGCUGAAAUGUCUAUGACCAUCAAGAAUAUUAGAAGGGAGGAUCUCGGCAGCUAUAUUUGUGUGGCUAAGAACUCCCUCGGUGACGUUGAAAGCAAGAUAAGGUUGUAUGAGAUCCCCGGGAAUAACAGGCACAUUUUUAACUAUCCCGACGAGAGGACAACUUCAGACGAGGAGUACGGCACCGAAAUAUACGAUGAGGAUUUUGAGAAUAAAGUCGAUGAGAAAAGCAAUCGGGUGCCCGAUCGCGCGAAUAAAUGGUACGCAAACGAAGGUAAAAUCAUCCUGACAACACUCAACAACGCUGCCAUUUGUUCCACUACACUGACAAUUACGACUAUUUUCUUACGCUUAAUUAAAUUUCUCCUUUAAACUUGUGCAAAACAGUUUUUUGCCCGGCGACUGAUUUUUAAUUAAACAAAAAGCAAAGUAUUAAUUUCAGUAUUAUAUUCUGGAAAUGUAGAUAGAAAUAAUUUCGGUUGAAAAUUAAUAUUGCAUUGUCUAAGUUACUCCUAGCGUGUAACGUGAUAAUAAUUAGAUUUAAGUAUGUAUAUAAUUUAUUAUGCUAAGGAAGACUAUUAUCUUA